AUGAGGUUUGGCAAGAAAGGAAAAUUAAGUCCUCGGUAUAUAAGACCUUUCGAGAUCUUAGAAAGGGUUGGAGCAGUGGCUUAUCAUUUGGAGCUACCAUCAGACCUCUCGAAUAUUCACCUCGUAUUCCAUGUGUCAAUGCUUAAGAAGUAUAACCUAGAUCCAUCUCAUGUAAUACAGUAUGAAACCAUCCAAUUGCAAGAUGAUUUAACCUAUGAGAAGCAAUCAGUGGCUAUCCUUGAUAAGCAAGUCAAAAAGCUCUGUUCAAAGGAAGUUGCAUCAAUGAAAGUGUUAUGGCAAAACCACACUAGCGAGGAUGUAACGUGGGAAGCCGAGGAGGAGAUGCGAACAAAGUAUCUGCACCUCUUUAAUAAAUAA